UCUGAGAACGGGACACAAAGUUUAGAUAUUAAUUGUCAACACUACGACAGCAAGAUAACCAAGGUCCAGAGGGAUCACAGUUAACAGAAUCCAGCUUCGGUUCGAGGUCUGCCUUGAUCUCCACCAGGCGUGAAUUCACAUGUAGACACGUUGCAUCGGCCCAUGCCAGAGCUAUUCAUCAGAAACUGGUGCCAGGUUUCUUUUCUAAGGAUUUGCCUGUGAACAUGAGAGUGCAUGUGUUGAAUAGUGGGCGUGCUGCACAGCAUGAAAAACCACGCGCCGGACCACAGAGAGACACAGCAUGCUGGAUUUACGCACGGCGGCACUCUUCAUUCUGGUGGAAUUUGUGUUUUGUUUUUUUAGUUUUCUGCUGAAAGCAGUGAUGUUUCCGCUGAGGGUUCUCUUCUCCAUUGGGCUAUUUUUGGUUCUCCUGAAGCUCCGACUCCUCCGGGCUUCUGGCGCCAAGCAGCCCGGCGUCGCGCAGCAGAUCGGCGGCGGGACGUUCGUCACCAGCGACAGGACGCGGUGCACGUGGCGCGCGGGAGAAGCGGGGGAAGCGGUGAAGGUCUGGGUGAACUGCGAGAGGCGGGGCGGCGUCAGCAAGACCCGCUGCGAGUACUUCGGCAGACCUCGGAGCUGUCCGGGUUACAACUCCGACCCUAAAGUCUUCUGGAAACAAGUGGCGCGCGCCUUCAAGAAGAUACGGGAUAAAGUGUGCGUGGACGGUCGCGUGCUGGUGAAAGCCGGAAUGUGUAAGCACGCGCCCAGAGAUGCGAACCUCAGACUGGAUCGGAACAGCGUUGAAAGAAGCACCGCUGCUCCCACGACGCCGCCGGUCCAGCCCACGAGCGCGACGUGCGUAAAACGCGCGGAUCAACGGAGAACAGCGGAGGAGUUCUGCAGCUCCUGGGCCAGCGUGUGCGCGUUCUUCAUGUCUAUGCUGCAGAGCGAGGACUGCUAGCAGGACGGACCUCAGGAUGACACUUCAUUCAUUCAUUCAUUCAUUCAUUCAUUCAUUCAUUCAUUCAUUCAUUCAUUCAUUCAUUCAUCCAAUCAUUUAUUCAUUCGUUCGUUUGUUCACAUUUAUAUCUAAUAUUUUGCAUCCAGUUGGAAUUCCUUUACUUAAAUUCCUUUACUUGAAGUGUGUUCAGGGUCAAUAUGUUUUUUGAACCAGCUUUAAAAAAAAAAAAAAAAAAAAUCGUGUUACAGCAAAUUGUAUUAGUUGUGCUAAAGCUAUAAUUCUGAUGUCAGAGUCAGAAUUAUUCCAGUGUGCUUUGAUAGAUUUUAUUUAGGGGAAUGAGAGUAAAAUGGUCUAUUUACUAAAUACAAGCCACACGUUUCAGAUUCUUAUUUGUACAAAAAUAACGUGCGUCUUCUACUUUGUAGUUCUGUCAUACUGUGUUGGUCGGAUACAUGAACUCCAAAUAAAAUCCUGUGAUGCUCUGGUUGUAACAAGGCGAAAUGUGGGGAAAUAGUUAAAUGGUGAGAAUUAUUUAGCAAGGUAUUGUAAAAUAUUAGAUUUAAACUGGUAUGACCUUUUACAGUUAAUGUUAAAUAAUUUAAUGUUUCAUGCUGUUUCAAAUGGUAUUUGUUAAUAAACUACUUAACAUGUCAUUGUUUUCUGGAUGGAAUUUUACUCUGAACUGGACCCAGAGUUUAAAAAUGAUAUUUAAGUCUUCAGCAGGUCUGAGCAAAGGGUCUAUAUGGACCUUUUCUCCUCCUUUUUCUCCUCUUUUGACUCCUUCUGACUGGUGAUGCCACAUUUGUUUGUCUCUUUGUUUAGCCAUUUUUACCAUUUUCUGUAAAACAUAUAGAAAUCAAACAGUCAGUCACAAGAACUGGUUUAAAAAUCAAGGAGAAUAUUUGAGGAUGGUUUACAACUUUUUAAAAAAGAUGUUAAAAGUUGUGUUUUAAAAUAAAAUGCUCUUUUUUUUACAUAUUUCCUGAAAUAUGACAUCAGUACUGUAUCUGUUCAAACAAAUUCAUUUCAAUUCAAUGAUACUUCAUUGAUCUCAGAAGAAAAAGAAAUGCUGUUGAAUCUUAUUAAUUCAAAUUAUUCAGAGUUAUUGUAG